GUGACGCCAUCUUGAAAUCGUCCCGACCAGAGGAGGCGAGGAGGAGACGGGCUUGAGAAAAUUCAGUUCGUCCUAAAGUCGAUAGCUCCAUUAGCUAUACGGAUUAACAGCGCUUUUGUGGUUAUUGUUAUCAUUUGAUAGCGUUUCCACUUGUUCAUUUAAUUAAUUUCGACGGGGAAAGACUGCGUGGCCCGCUCCGUAGAGGGCUAUCACACCGGAGGAGGGAGCCUCGUAAAUCGGUUGUUUCCCUGCUGGAGCGAGCGGGGCUCUGGUUGUGGCCGGGCAGCGGCGCCGGACUGUCGGAUCAAACUGAGACACCGAUACGGAAUAUAACAACACAAAUCAAGAUCUCAAACGUGCUGGUUUAAGUAGGAGGUAAUACAUCAUAAUUCCAAUGGUGUUUUGACGUUUUCAUGGCUAUGCGACGGAGCUCACCGAGGAGAAGUUUAAUUGAAGAGCGGAGUGCGCUUGAUUUCCAGUCCCGUGGAUGUUAGCUCUACCCGGCUGUGGCUCUGCCCGCUGCUCUGUAAAAAGAAAAGAACAGGUUGAAAAGCAAAAGUACGCGCAAGUGAACGCUUGUGUUCACAACAAUGCUGCAGACCUGGCAUGUAAAUGACAGCUCUGGCUUGAAUGUCAACCAGCCGCCCUCCAUUGCUCGCCUGUAAACCUGGAAAUACCAGCAGUCAUCUCCUCUUCAUCCUCCUCAUCCUCUUCCUCCCCUCCUUGUUUUUGGACUAGUGAGGCUUUGCAUUACCUGGGAUGUUCUGGAUUUUAACAUUUGAAGAUGUCUUUUUUGCAAAGACAGUGGUCAUUGGAGCUGCAGGACAUUUAAUUUGACUCCUUCGUGUUUUUUGAAAAUUUUGUGUUGGCUUUUUUUUGUUGUUUUUUAAAUUCUCUUUCUAGUCAUUGGGUCUGAUUCGGAUGGAAAAUGGGAGACGCCAUCAAACUGGCCUUCGCCGUUUUCCUCAUCUCCUGCUCCUCAGGUGCCAUCCUAGGACGCUCAGAGACUCAGGAGUGCGCGUACUACAACUCCAGCUGGGAGAAGGAGCGCACCAACCGCAGCGGCAUCGAGCUGUGUCGUGGUGAGAAAGACAAGCGUCGGCACUGCUUCGCCACAUGGAAGAACGUCUCCGGUACCAUGGAGGUUGUCAAGCAAGGCUGUUGGCUGGAUGACGUCAACUGCUACGACAGUAAUGAGUGCGUUGAGAGGAAGGAGAGUCCCGAUGUUUUCUUCUGCUGCUGUGAAGGCAACAUGUGCAACGAGAAGUUCCUAUACGCCCCCGAAGUGCCACAGACCUACCCGCACCAUUCAACUGCCUACACCACCUCCAACCCAUUUUCCCAGAAGCCCGAGCUCUUCAGCACUCUCCUUUACUCCCUGGUUCCUAUCAUAGGCCUGGCUGCUGUCGUCCUCUUCUCUUUCUGGAUGUGGCGACAUCACAAACUGGCCUACCCAGCUGCCCUCGUCCCCACACAUCACGCCUUUCACAUUAUGGUGGAGGAUCCCGGCCCCUCACCCCCAUCUCCCAUUAUGGGACACAAACCCUUGCAACUGAUUGAGGUGAAAGCCAGGGGCCGCUUUGGGUGCGUGUGGAAAGCCCAGCUGCUGAACGACUACGUGGCCGUCAAGAUCUUCCCGAUUCAGGACAAGCUGUCUUGGCAGAACGAGUAUGAGAUGUACAGCGUGAACGGCAUGAAGCACGAGAACCUCCUCCACUUUAUUGGUGUGGAGAAGAGGAACAACAACCUGGACCUAGAGCUGUGGCUCAUCACCGCCUACCAUGACAAGGGUUCACUGACGGACUACCUGAAGGCCAACGUGGUGUCCUGGAACGAGCUUUGCCACAUCAGCCAGUCAGCAGCCCGUGGCCUGGCCUACCUCCAUGAGGACAUCCCAGGACACAAGGACGGACACAAACCCUCCAUUGCUCACAGGGACAUUAAGACUAAGAAUGUGCUGUUGAAGAAUAAUCUGACAGCCUGCAUAGCUGACUUUGGCCUUGCGCUGACCUUUGAGGCUGGAAAGUCAGCAGGAGACACACAUGGACAGGUGGGAACACGGCGCUACAUGGCUCCUGAGGUCCUGGAGGGUGCCAUCAACUUCCAGCGUGACUCCUUCCUACGCAUUGACAUGUACGCCUUUGGCCUCGUGCUGUGGGAGCUUGCUUCACGGUGCACGGCUGCCGAUGGCCCCGUAGACGAGUACAUGCUGCCAUUUGAGGAGGAGGUGGGUCAGCAUCCGUCUCUGGAAGACAUGCAGGAGGUUGUUGUGCAUAAGAAACUGCGGCCCUGUCUGCGAGACUGCUGGCAGAAACAUACGGGUUUGGCCAUGCUCUGUGAAACCAUCGAGGACUGCUGGGACCACGAGGCUGAGGCCCGCCUGUCCGCCGGCUGUGUCGAGGAGCGCAUUGGCCAAAUGCAGCGCCAGGCCCCCGUCAUCGGCCCCGAGGAGAUCGUCACUGUUGUCACCAUGGUGACCAACGUGGACCUCCCACCCAAGGAGUCCAGCUUAUGAUUGGCCAAUCGGUUGACACCAGACGAGCAUGGAGAAACAUGGAUCAACACGAGGGGAUGAACAGCCGACCCUGGUUGGUUGGCGGAGUGGUUUUGAUUUUUAUUUUUUUUUUCUCCUUUAUUUACAUUUUCCUUUUGUUUUUUUCUUUUAUCUUUUUGUUCUUUUAAGUGCGGGCCGCUACUCACGUUCAGGAAACACCCUGCGCCCACCUCACCACAUCAGUUGAUAUCCACCUCAUUUUGAUAUGUGUGCCUAAGGAUUUUAACAUUUUAACAAGUCAAAGCUCUCUCAUGUCGAGCCAACGAUUCAGGAUAUUUAUGAUGACAGACGACAUCACUGAGUGACAGUGCUGACAUGCUGGGACGUCGACACUCUACACUUUUAUCAUGUCUUGUUUUUAUACACAUAUACACACACGUACAUACACAUAGGAGGGCAACCUGUUCUGCUCGGUUUUCUAUGGAGAGAGAAGAUCUUGCGGAGGAAAUUCACCGAACUCUCAGUGCAUUUUAGUGUAACAAAAAAAAGAGAAAAAAAUGGAAAAAAAAAAGAAAAUUACCCAGCUCUCAAUGCAUUUGCUGUUUUCUCGUGUGCGUUUUUUUGUUUUUUUCUCUUUUGAAGAAACGACUAUCGUUCUGCCAAUAAGCAACGGCUUUUGAAUGUUUAUAGUGUAAUGCUGCUGUACAUAGUGUAUUAUGGACCCAGACGACUUGGUAAUCAAGCUUAUUUUAAAGGGGGGAGGGGAGGGAGGGGUCCAUUUUCAAGCAUUACAACGGUUAAAAAAAAACCAUAAACCUCCUUCAACCAGGUAUACCUCAGUUCAGAUGGACACAGUUUAAAUUUAGUCCCUCCCUCAGUUCAUAGUCAUAGCUCCCAUCUUCUCAACAACCUUGGCUCUUCAUGACAUCGCAACGAUCCGCUGUCACCCUUGACACUCGCGGGAAACGCGAGUGGACAAAAAAGCCUUGAUAUGCUCGGUCAUACACAGCCGUCAACACAUGUGGCGCUCCCGUUUUUCCUCCCCUUUCUCUGUGUCUCAGUUUAGUUUUUGCUCCACUUUUGAUUUUUGACUUUAUAAUAACUCUCUCCGGCUGUUUGUUUGUCCGUUUUAUUCUCCUUGAGAUUUUGUUCUUAGAAUGGGGGAAAAGAAAACACACACACACACACACACACACACGCACCAUGAUGAAUUUGUUGUUUUAAGUGAUUAUUUUCCGUUUUUUGGUUUGCCGUGUCAACUGUCAACAGAGUAGUGAUAUCUGUUCGCUGACAAGUCUAAUUUUGGCCAUGAGAUGUGGAUAUAAUAGUAUAUGUGUUUAUUUCUCUCUGGAUUAGUGUUGGGUACCAACUAAUGAUACCUUGUUUUUUUGGUAUUAAUACCGAAUCAGAAGACUUAAAGGUUGUCAGACUUGUGGAGCUUAUUCUUAUUGUUCUUUUUUUUAUUAUUAUUUUGUGAAAUCACUUGUGUGUGGUCUGAUUCUAUUUUGAAAAAAAAACAGAAUGACAACAACAACAACAACAACAACAAAAAUCAUCCAAUGUGUUAAAUUUUGGAAAGGUAUUAGGUUUAAAAGUGCAGUUUGGAGGAAGUUUCCGGGGGAUACCCAGCCCUACUUUGGAAUUGCACCUGUAUUUAGCUGAGCCAGCUUGCUUUUGAUUUGAUUGCACACAUCUUUUACUUUUUUUGGAUCACUAUCAAGAGCCUCUGCUCUCUUUUGAUACACCUCAGGAAUCUUUGCUACUCACCACCUCCUUACAUCUACCACUCGUUCCUCCUCAUCCUUACCUGUCUUGGACUGGAGUUCUUCCUCUCUCACCAAUUCUUAUGCUGUCACCCUCCUGCCUCGUCUCUACAUGUAAGGGUUGCUCAGCCAUGCUGUUGUAAGAACAGUCCAUGUAGAUCCGGCUAGAGAACUAGUUUGUCGCAAACACACAGCUUGGUUGUUGCCCCAUGUGUUUCUCCGUCUUUCCAAGCAAGCCAAAUAAGGUCUAACUCUGACUCUGGUCAUCUACUUAAUCAGUCUUUCUGCUGUUUUCAGUGUUACCACCAUUUUUUUCAGAUUUGAUUUGCCUGAGUUGGUGUUUUCUUUUGAACUGGACAGAUAGGUGGUGGACAUCUUGGGUCAUUUGUUUCCCUGAGGUUCCCGAGAAACUGGUCAGACCUUUACUAGCUCUGAGCAACAAGCUGGGUAAAAGUACAUUGCAUGUCUUUCUUCAGAUUUAGCCACAACCUGCUUUAAGGUAACAGAUUCAGUAGUUUCCACAGUAAUGUUGAUGUGAUUAUAAAAAAAAAAAGAGAAAAGGAUAAAGUGCUUGUGAAUUUGCAUUUUUAAGUUCCUCACACAGGACAGUCAUGGUUCUGAAAUCCUGCUGACACCAAAAUCUCACAGCUAACCGCAGUUAAGAGGAGGGACGUCUCUUUCUCUCUUUCAUCCUGGUGCCAUUACUACGUGUCCGUAUUAGUUACUCUUGUAGAUGUCAGGCAAAACGGAUGUAUCUGUCAUUGUUGUGAAGGUAGCAAUGACAUUUUUGAGUCUUGAUUUCCCCUGAGGGACAUUGAGCACUGGUGCCGGCCGACCUGCAGUCUCUCCUCAAGCUUUGGGAUGGUUUUACAGCACGCUGUUUAAAAUCAAGCAUUUUAAAAUCAAGUUGAUGUGGAUGGGAGUCUUUAAAACUUGAAGAAAUGUCUUUCUGCCGACACAUUUCUUAUUUAUAGCAGUUUUAAGUAAACACUAAGAUAGAACUAACGGUAACCAUGAGCCAAGUAAAACAUGUCAAACACUACAAUUUAUUUUUUUUACAAAAUUAUUGUCAGAGGAGUCAGUGCAAAUCUUCACACAGCAAAAAUUCAAACCCGUUACUGAGCUUUAUUACUUUAGAUCACUCCCAUGUACCUCAUGUAUCCCGCGAUACAUGCUCUUAUUUACAUUUGUCAUUUUUCUAAUACAGACUUUAAACGGCCAAACAACUUCAGGAAGUGGAUGAAACAUAAAAUCUAAGUGUUUUUGCAGUUCAGACACACUUAACUCCUGUUACACUUCUAAAGUGAAGAGGGUCGAGAGUAAUGUGACACACGCGUGAGAUCUGAAGUGAUCGCAACGACAACAACAACACAGCAAACCUGAAGGAAGUUCAAGCCAUCAUCUUGUUAUUCACUCACUGUAGCACGACUACGAUAUUCACAUCGAUAUCGCUUCCUUUUGCCGCUGCUGUCUUUCAGUUCGCUGCACUUCAGAAACAGCUGUGUUUGGUCCUUGAAGCUCGAACUAUCAGGGACGAUCAGUACUGCAAACCCCAGCAGCUCCUUAGUAAGAACUACCUCACUCACAGGGAUUUCUUUUGGGGAAAAGAGCAAGGCCAAAAAAAAAAAAAAAAAAAGAUUAUAACCAGGCUUCUCCUUAGGAAAAGGGAUUCAAAUGAGCAAAUUUUAAUUGGGGUUAAGUUGUGGGCUUUUUUUCUCACCAGUUUGAGAAAAAAAAAUUUCUAGAAAGCUUUACAUGGGUGAACAGCAGCAGGAGGAUUCUUUUUAUCUCAGUGAUUGCUGACUGGCUCAAACACACCAGUAUUAGCCCCGCCUUGUUCCCCCCCACCCACAGAAGUUUGUGUCCUCAAUCAGAAAAUGUGUACACCAGUGUUUUAACAGCCAAGUGUUUUGUUUUUUUUAAAGCCUCCAAAUGUUGGUUGGUUUCCUGCCAAAGUGUCUGAUAGUGUCAACAAACCUAUCAGCCACAGAUAAAACUACAGAAUAAUGAUAAAAAUGUGCCAGCAUUUGGUUGGUGGUUUCAUCCCAUGACUUUUGGUACAUGAUAGUGAUCUUUAUCUUUACAGCUUGAGUUUAAACUGCGUGUGAACAACCAGCCCAAACUGACAAAUACCAUUCAGGGAUUCAGUACUAUGCUUUUCUAAGUUCUAGCGAGUUAUAUGCAACCAGUGCCGCAAACUACCCUACACUUCUGUAGGAUCAGCUGCAGGAGUGACUUUCAAUAUACACACACAUACAAAUAACUUGUAGCAUUUUAAUUUUAAUUUUUUAAAUUUUUUUUUUUUUUAUCCGUGACCUUGCAUAUUGAUAUAUGUUGUAUUUAUUUUUUUUUUAUUUACAGGCCUGAGGUUGUGGGGAUCAGAGCUCAGGUGCAACUCAGAAUAAUGUUGCAAGAGUUGGCACGUUUUAUGGUUGCUGUCGUUGGGGGGGUUGGGGUGGGUUUUUGGUUGUAAUUCAGGAAAAAAAAAAACUUUCAUUGAUUUUAAAAAGAUAUAAACUGUAACAUGCUUCUUUCUAUUCAGUCUAUAUGGACAGACGACGACCGAGAAUGAAUGUUCUUCAGACUCCUGGAUUCCAGUAUUGUGUGUAUUUUGAUGGAUUGAGCCCCGCCCUGUGUAACUAUAGAGGGCUUUGCGUUUUGGCUGGUUUCGUGUGAUUGUGCCCCCCCACCCCCACCCCCGUCGCCAUAGAAACCAGUAAAGCCGACGCACAUGGAGAUCCAUUCAUAUACCUCUUACUUGUACAGUUGCCUGCUUGUGACAGAUUAGCUUCAUUAGCUUCACCGGUUCCCCCUCAGGACGUAAACUCCUUCACAAACCUGCUCCGAAUCAACUCCGCAUCAAAACUGACCUUUGUCAUUUAAGGGCGUAUGAAUGGGUUUCUCAGCGUGAAAGGCUUUACGUGUUCUCUGUCUCGACCUCCUCCAGCCCAGCACCUCACAUUGCUGUGCAUAUAAACUACCAGUGAAAUGUUUGUGUCUUGUUGCCCCCACUAUUUUAAGCAGUCUAGGAUCUGUACAGACAUGAGAACAUAAAUACCUGUAUCAACUAUAUACUCUGAGCUGAAUCUUUAUAUAAGUGCGUGUUGAACUUCAGUGUUUCCUCUACAUUCAUGUAUGCUUUUCUUGUGUUUUUGACUCGGCAGCAGGAUCCGGCCUAGCUGCAUGACCGUUUUCCGAUACUACGGGGGGAAAAAAUUAAGUGGAGCUUUGUUUAAGCUGAAAGCUAGAGGCUCGUUGGUUUUGGAAAGAAAGAAAGAAAG